AUGUCGCUGCUGGGCGAGAAAUCGUGGUACAGGAUCGGCAAGAGCGUCGUGCCGUUCACUGGCUGGAAGAUCUUCCCCCACAUCGUGGCGCCCGAGGCGGAGGACGAGGACCUAGAGGAGCUGGUGACGCAGCUCGGUGGCGCUGGCGUCGUCAUCUUUGGCAUCCACUCGGGGUGCGGCAUGAUCUUCAGCAAGGACGGCCUCCUGGAGCCGGUGAAGGGCAUGGUGUCGGAGUACCGCUGGGACUGGAAGUCCGAGAGCGUGAAGCAGGCGCUGCUGAUCGGGCCGCCGCGGAGCGUGGGCCUCAUCUGCCCGCUGUACGCGGCAGCACAGCGGCGGGAGGGCGACGAGGACGACGGGGCGGCCGAGGCGUUCGCCUACGCCCUCACGCAGGAGGAGGAGCAGGACGAGGAGCACCUCGUGGAGGGUUUCGAGCCGCACGGCGCCUGGCUCCCGCCCGACGUCAGGGCGGCGGCGGAGGAGCUGAAGGCGGAGGGGAACGAGGCCUUCCGGGCCGGCAGGGCGGACCUCGGGGGCAUCAAGUACGAGCAGGCGCGCGUGCUCCUGGAGAGCGGCGGCCGACGGUGGAGCGAGCUCGAGGCGGGCGUGCGGGAGAGGCUGGACGGCCUCGCCGCCCUCCCGGGCCAGGGGCGGCCACCCGAGAAGGAUGCGGGGAGGAAGGAGGACUACCGGGCGAGCGCGCUGCUGGUUCCGGUGCUGCUGAACCAGAGCGCGUGCUACCUCCUCGCGCACGAGGAGGACCAGCAGCGGAGCGCGGCCGCGUCCGCGAGGAGCGGAGCCGCGGCCGCCGAGGGGGACGCCACCACGGGCGCUGGGGUGCAGGAGGGCACCUUGGUGCCCGUCCGCGACAACCUCGUGGCCGCCUUCCGUGCGGCAAACGAGGCGCUGCGCAUCACGGGGGGCCAGGCGGCCAAGGCUUGGUUCAGGCGCGCGUGCGCCUUCGAGAGAAUGAGGGAUCCCCGCAACGCGCUGCGGGACCUGGAGGAGGCGCUGCUGCGCGCGCCAGGAGACAAGGCGAUCGCCAGGACGAAACGCGACGACGUCAGGGAGGCGGCCGCCAGCGUGGCGGAGAGCAUGUACUACGCGCGGCACACCGAGCUGGACGACGCGCAGGAGCUGCGUCUUGGACUUAACGCCCGGCGAGCGCUGUUGCUGCGGGGCUCCUACGGGGCGGAUUCCUACCAGGAUCAGCGGGCGCAGUUCGCCGUCGCGCAACCCCUGGCCAGGUGCGUCGAGGGCACGCUGGAGGAGGUGGACGGACGGCACCGCCUGCUGCUUCCCACGCCGCCUGGGCCGCUGCCAGACGCGCCGUACCUCCACACGCACGCGCUUUGGACCUGGGAGUUCCUCGUGCAGCGCGCGCCGAACCUGCAACUGCUGCAGGUCGAGGACGUCGACCUGGGCUCCGGCCCGCUGGAGUGGUUGUGCAAGUGCUUGAGGUCGCACCCCGAGAUCAAGACCCUGCGGCUUCGGGGCGCGCACGUGGGCCCCGCGGGCGCGAAGAUGGUCCGCAAUGUGCUCGCGCAGAACACCUCGCUGGUGGAGGUGACGCUGGACGCCUGCGGGCUGCUGGAUGCUGGCCUGCACGAGCUCGCCGAGGGCUUGGCCACCGCGUCUGGGCCUCUCGAGGUGCUCUCGCUGCGCGGGAACAGCUUCACGGCGAAGAGGCUGAGCAAGCUCGCAGAGGCGCUCUGCAGUGCAGACAGCGGCUGCGGCCUGAGAGAGCUCGAUCUGUCGGAGAAUCCCCUCGGCAUCGCUGGCGCCAAGGAGAUGGCCCAGAUUAUGCGAGAGGCCUCUGGCCAGCUGCUGGCCGCACACGGGCUGCACAAGAUCGCGCUGCAGGACUGUGCCCUGGACUUCGCGGCCUUCUGGCGGCUGGUCGGCAGCCUCGACGACGCUCUGCCGCUGUCAAGCCUGGACCUGCGCUGCAACCCGAUCGGGCGUGGGACGCGGCGCUGCUGGCACGGCACCAUGGGCCCAACGAUAAGGUGCGAGGUCUUGCUGAGCGAUCACCCCCUGAAGGCAAAGAGGGCGAGGCAGCGGGAGGGCACUGAGGAUGACACGAGCUGGCUGGCCGCACACAUGCCGGGCCACCUGCCCAGCUCUGAGCAGCUCGAGACGGAGUUCCUCUUCUGCGACGAGCUGGGCACGUUCGCGAAGGAGGACUCCCUGCCGGGCCUGGCCCGCGAGUGGCGCCGCCGCCACUUCGGCCGCCCCGGGACGAAGCUGGUGCCACCGGCGCCAGAGGCGCACCAACUGAGACUGCAUUUCCUCUACUCGUCCCCGCUGUCGUGGCUGCGCGCGGGCCAGCCGGCUGUCGAGGUCGGCCAGCUUGACGUCCACUCGGAGGUGCUCGCGCUGCGCAGCGUGCAGGGCCUCAGCGUGGAGGUGUGCGUGGCCACCUCCGAGGCGCUGCUCGGAACGCUCGUGUCCUGCCUGGAGGGCUCGGUGCUGCACCUGUCGGCGCACUGCUGCCACUGCGCCUCGGCGCGCGAGCCCGCUGCGGUGCUGCUGGAGGACCAGUGCAGCAGGGCCCACGUCAUGGGCGAGGACGAGCUGGUGAGGAUGAAGCGCUGGGACAGGCUUGGGCUGCUCGUAUUCUUGUCCUGCGGUUCCGAGGUGCUAGUGCGCAAGCUCGUGCAGCAAUGUGGGCUUCGACAUGCUUUAUGCUGCUCUGGAGAGGUGUUCGACUCCUCCGCGCGCCUCUUCUGCCGCGUCUUCUACCAGGCGCUCGCCGCGGGGCGGACGGUGGCCGAGUCCCACGACUCUGCCGUCGCGGCCGUGAAGCAGAGCCCCCCCGACCUUGGCAUCGCGACGGAGGCUGGAAAGUUCUUGCUCAUCGGGGACGGUGACAUCGUCGGGCAACGUGGUGCUCCAUUCAGGGAUGCUCCGUGGCCGCGCUGGUCGCGGGUCGACAACUACGUCUGCCAUUUGGGCGAUACCCACACCCUCGCCCACGUGCUGCAGGGCAGGAGGGCGGCGGUGCUGUGGGGCGAGCCGGGCAUCGGCAAGACCGCCCUCUGCCGCGAGUUCUGCCGCCACUUCUCGGCCCCGGGCGGGCGCCUCUUCUCCGCCGGCGCGCUGCUGGCGAGCCUCGGCGACGAGCCUGCCGAGCCCCCGGGGAGGCACGCCGCGGGCCGCGACCUCCCAGAGGCCCUGGCCGCGGCCGCCCUCGCCGACGCCGAGGGGCGCGGCUGCUGCCCCGUCGCGGCUUCGCCGAGGCCCCGGACGUGGGACGAGCUGCUCGCCCUGUCCCGCCGCUUCGACGAGCGAGGUGCGCCCUGGCUCCUCGCGGUGGACGGGCUGACCCUGCCGCCGCGGGGCGGGCCCGCGGGGCAGGAGCUGGCCCGCGCGCUGGGGAGCCUUCUGGUGGCCUCCCCCGGGGUGCGGCUGCUCAUCGCGUGCCGGGAGCAGCCCGGCGAGGGCUGGGCGGAGCUGGGCGGACACAAGGUGGUCCUUCACCAGAAGCAGAGGAUGACCGAGCACAGCACCUUCCUGCUCUUCAAAGACCGGCUGCGGCGAAAGCUCCACCUGCGCGACUUCGAAGCGCUCGCUGGUGCCGAGGCGCAGGAAGAGCUGGCAUCACCUUGGACGCUGCUGGACCGCCUCAGGGCGUCGCCAGUCCUGGCUGCCACAGGCGGCGUGCCUGGGCGCGUCGUCAGGGCUGCGGAGGAGGUCAGCGACGACCUCCACUCCAUGCUGCAGCACCCUCUGCUGGUGGGCCGGCCGCGGCAGCCCCUCGGCCCCGUGGCCGCGGCGCCCGGCACGCUGGGGGGCCGUCGAGAGAGGCUGCAGCACAGCGACGCCGGCACGGGCGGCACCAGCGCGCGGCCAGGGCACGUGGAGCGCCAGCUGCUGGAGCGGCCCGACGGCUAUUGCACAGAGGGUGGAGAAGCUGCAAGGGCGCUCGGCAUCGACGACAAACACCAGCAAGCCAUCGCAUCCGACUUCGCCACCGCAUUCGCGGACCCACUCACGCGGGUGGUCAUCGCGCUGCAGGAGAUGCAAGGCACGUUGGAGGACCCCACGCUCCUGGCGAAUUCGACCGAGCAUUCCUACCUCGCCUACCACUCCCAGGUGCAGAUCAACCGCGAGUGUUCGCUCGACCCAUCGGCGUUGUCCACCUCAGCCAGCGGGAUCGGCUUUCUCGGCCCCUUCGGCAAGGCCGAGCGAACCUGUCCACCCGAAGAGCGCCCAAUUCGCCUUGUCGAAGUGGUCUUUCCAGGGCGAGCGGCCUGGCUCCGAGUCGCGGGCACAAGCGGGCAGACGGACGUGAACAUCCUGAACGUUCGCAACCACGACCUCUCAUUUCGCGACCGCGUCGGCAUCGUCGCCCAUUGGCGACAGCGACGUGCCCGUGCUGCCGAGCGUCCACAGGGGCGCCUUCUCGUCCUGCUCGGCGACUUCAACGUCGCCGAGCACCCGCCCGAGAGCCUCGACGCGCCCGUCGACGCGGACGCCGCGCCCGCCUAUUUCAGCAUCAGCUUUGAAAACAUCUUGGGCGACAUCGACACCGCCGACCUGAACGCAACAACGAAGCGAAGGGCCACGAAGAACGCAGCGACCGAGGCCGCCAAGCAGACCCGAGACACCAUAACCAAGAUUGCCACCUCCGAACUCAAUGGCGCGACGGUCAGCGUUUCCAAGGCAGCGCGCGCCCUGUCGUUGAGAAGCAUAUCCAGCUCAAUUUGGCAUCAGGACGCGCGAUUUGCCGACGCGCUUAUCAAGAGCGCGUGGGUCGCCGCCCAGCAGAUGCUCAGCAUGAACAGCCAAGUGCCCCUGGAGGACCCUGCUGCAUGCCAGGCCGAGACCGACGCCGCGCACUCUGCUGUUAUCGAGGAGCGCAAGCCACAAUGGCGCGCCGCCCGCGUCGCGAUAGACAUCUGGGGCCACCUCUACGCCGAGCUCCCCGCAUCCAUUGUGCUGCAACGUCUACGUGGCACCCUCAAUUCCACGUCUUUCGUCGAUAGCGAGGGCUCCAUCUUCAAGAAGACCGCGCGCGCCGUCAACUCCAUUGCCGCCGUUUUCAACGACACCUUCGACGCUGCUUACCACGCCGCCCUCGCAAGCGAGGUCUUUGCGCACGCGGCUCGACUCCGGGACUUGCCUGUGCUCAUGAGGUUGAUUCUGACACACGUCUACCUGCUUGCGUUUCUGCUGGGUGCCCUGGAGCAGUUCAUCCAGUCCUUGCUCCAGGGCCUCGUUACCGAAGCGAUGGCGAUGUUGACAGGGAUCACAUUGGUAGUCUUGGAAUCCUUGUUCACACUGGUGGUGAUCGUAACCGAGCUGACCACGGACUUGUCUGACGGUGCGCGCAGGCGGCAGGCUGCGACACUGCAGUCUCUGGCGAGGGACUCGGGCGCUGCAUUUGAGAGCCGCCAGGUGCGGGGCGCCCUGGGCCAGACCGUGGGCCUGGUCGGCAACAGCAGCGGGGGCGAGUACGAGGUGCAGGUGAACCCGCGCAACGACGCGGGCCUGAUGGUGUUGGGGCUCCUGGCCAUCGACAAGUGCGAGAGGGCGCCGAGCUCGCCGCCAGGCUCGACGAACUUCGUCCCUUGA